AUGCUGGGGGGAAACGAAAUACGGAAGAGUAAAAUAAGAACGCCAAAAAAGGCCUUUUUAAGUCAAGUUGAUUAUGAAAAAUCCUGGGAACAGUUAGAUGAAGCGAUCAAGCAGAUAUACCAAAAGAAUGCGUCCACCUUGUCAUUUGAAGAGUUGUACAGAAAAACGUACAAUUUGGUUCUCAGAAAACAGGGGAAGUUCUUGUACGAUAAUAUCUACAAUUCUAUCAAAAGUCAUCUCGAGAAUGACGUUCGACCGAGGAUGACUCAGUUUAUGGAAGACGACAAAAUUGACAAAGCUGUGCUAUUGCAGAAUAUGAGUACCGAAUGGAAUGAUCAUCUACUAUCAAUGAGAAUGAUUAGUGACUUUGCCAUGUAUCUUGACCGGGUAUACGUCAAGGAGGCUCACCUCCCUCUGAUCUAUGAUAUAGGGUUACAAUUGUUCAGGGACUACGUGAUUUUACCGAAUGAUAAUAUAGUUGGAAAAAAAAUCAUUGGGCUCUUAUUGCAAUCAAUUGAUGAAAUCAGGUCAAAUAAGAUUGUCGAUAAGUUUCUCAUCAAGAACAUUAUUUUUAUGUUUGAAUCAUUGCCAGACGAGGCAGGUAACUACUAUGACACAUAUGUGGAACCCGAUUUUUUGGAAGACAGUAGGUUAUAUUUUGAAAAGGUUAGCUCCGAACUUCUGUUGGAACAGAACGGGUCGUUGUUCAUCAACAAUAUUAUUCGUCUCAUCGAAGAAGAACAAAACAGAACAGCAUUAUACUUGCCACUCUCAACGUUGCCGAAGCUGGUAGAACUAAUGGACAAAGCUUUGAUUGCAACGAAUAUAGAAGCCGUUUUAGCAUUUGAGAACGAGGGUUUGAGCAAGUGGGUUGCCGCAGAGUCUGUCUUUGAAUUGAAUAGUCUCUACAAGUUGAUCGGGAGAAUAGACGAAGAGUAUCACAUAUUGAGAACUCAUUUAAAACGAUUACUGAUUUCGUUUGGAGAAGCAUUGGACGAGUCAACAAGUAAAACUAUUGCAGAUGGUCCUGAUACUCCUAAGAAGAAGGCAACGACUCACUUUGUGACUAUUUGGAUUGAAUCCAUUUUAACCCAAAGGGAUGUGUAUGAGAGGAUUUUGCAAAACUGUUUCAACAGAGACAUCCAUAUCGCCAAGACUAUCGAUGCUUCGUUUGCGUUGAUACUCAAUGCCAAUAAACGGAUAUCCGAGUAUUUAUCCCUAUACAUUGACCAUUUUAUCAAACAGUCACUAAAAGAGAAGUCUGAAAAUGAAUCCGAAGAGAUUCUAACUAAAGCAGUGGCCAUUUUCAGCUUCAUCCAUGAUAAGGAUGUUUUUGAAAAAUACUACAAGAACCACUUGGCGAAAAGACUACUAAAUCCCAAAUCUAAUUCUUAUGACAUUGAGAGAAACUUGAUUUCAAAGUUCAAAAGCAUUGCUGGCGAGACCUUUGUAAGUAAACUGUCCAGCAUGUUCAGAGAUAUAAAUAUCUCUAAAGAGGAAUCGAAGCAGUUUCAAGUACAGUUACAGCAGGAUGAUAUACUCCCGUUGAAUAACAAUAAGAAGGUUUCUAUGGAUGUUAACGUGUUAACUCACUUGAUUUGGCCAUUACCUUUGACUGAAACCAACGUUCAGUUCCCCGAGAUACUAUUCAACCUUAAGGAACAAUACGCAGCAUUCUAUGCUCAAAAGCAUCAAAACCGAAAGUUCAACUGGGCUCCUAAUUUUGGCACUGUUGAUAUGCGCAUGACUUAUGGCCGUAAAACAUAUGAGGUCAACAUGCCCACGUACAGUGCCAUAAUUAUACUUGCAUUAUUCUCUACCGAUUACAAGGCCCAAUAUACCUAUGCGCAGAUCCACCAAGAAUUACAGAUUCCUGAGAAUGAUCUUAAAAGGCAGCUACUGUCCAUAUCUGUUGCCCCAAAAACUCGUUUACUAGUGAAACGACCCAUGUCCAAAGAAAUCAAUCCGGAAGAUAUUUUUCAGAUAAAUGAGAAGUUUCAGUCGCCCCAGAUCAAAAUCAAGGUGUUGACUGUUUCUACAGCAAGCAAGCUGGAAAAUGACCAACAGAGGUCCUCUACACUGACAGAGGUUAACAAGGAUAGAAAAUUCGAAACCGAUGCGGCCAUUGUUAGAAUAAUGAAGGCCCGAAAGACCCUUACGCAUAACAACCUGAUGAACGAGACAAUAAAACAAUUGGCCAACAGGUUCAGUCCUCCGCCGUCUCUAAUCAAGCAAAGAAUUGAAUCUUUGUUGGAGAAAGAAUACAUGGAACGUGAUUCCAAGGAGAGAAAUCUAUAUCAUUAUUUAGCAUGA